UAAGAACUAUAUGCACUCAAUUAUUUAGUCACUUUUAUUUAAAAAAAAAAAAAAAACUAUAAAUUACAACAAUGUGGCUCUGUUUUCAGGGUCUUAUCCUUCCUCAUUAAGCAGCCUGUAAAAGAUUUAGCUGGAUGUGACUAUGAGUUCUUUCUAAGGAGUGGUAUGGGUGGGAGGGAUGAGUGGAGAGAAAAGGCAGAAACUAUUCAACUUAAAGGAUCUUAAACAUCUGAUUUUGUGUGGUUGAAAAGGCAAGGUGAGACCUAGGGAUCUUCUAGCUUGGGCAAAAGUGUUACAUCUCCCCCUCCUUUGAUGCACACCCAGACACUUCUUCCCACCACUUCCAGGUAAAUGAUCCUAAGGAAGACAUAUACACAAUGAUAAAGCCAGUUAGAAGGAUCCCUCUUUAUCCUCUUGGGCAUUGGUACCAAAUCCCUAAGUAGAGCCUCAUCCACAAGCACUGGAGUAGACCCAGUGGUAAAAGGAGAACCUCUUUUUCCUGUAGAGACCAGUCCUCACGUGCUGUUCCCUGUUCUGGGACGCUCUUCACUUAAAUAACAUCUCUUCAUCCCUUGGGUCUGUCCCUUCACCUGGAGCCUUCCCUGAUCUCUAAGCUAGGUUAGAUGCUGCCUUUGAUUUGCUGUUUAUAUACCCUAUCCUUCCUAGGAAUUCUUAUUCCACUAGUAGUAUUUGUCCAACCUUUCUUCCAUAGUAUAAAUCCCAUGAGGAUGGGUGGCAUAUGUCUUGCUCAUCUCUGUAUCUCCAUUUCCUAGGACACUUACUAGCACAUAAUAUGGUCUCAAUAAAUAUUUGGUGAUAAGGAUUAAGUAAGCUAGUAUAUGUAAGGUGUUCAGUUUGAUUCUUAGAAGAUAGCAGUGCUCAGUAUGUUCCCUAUCAGUGUUUGGAACUGUCACAUGGAUCUGGGAAGCUCUGAAACCUAAGCAUGUUGAUCGUCUUUGAUAGACCUUUAGAAAAAAUGCCCUCUGCCCAUAAUCCUCAGAGCAGUGUUUCUGCAGGCUGGCAGUUCUGUUUUGUUAAACUGAACUGGCUCAGUAGGAAGGAUAUUUUAGCUCCUGGCUUCCUGAAAAGACCAAAAUAGCUUUUAGAUUGAGUAAGACGAGAAACCCCGUGCCCCCGCACCCCCAUGACCAACUGUGCAACACUCUACAAGCCUUUUUCUCUCUCCAUUUUCCCAUUAAAGCUUUGCCCUGGAAUGGUUCAUUACUACAAAUUUAGGCUAAUUCAUAGACUUCUAGUUUUAGUCAUUUUUCAGAGAAGUGCCAUGGCCUGCAGUAUGUCUAAAUGCUGUAAUGAGGAGCCAUUGCACUAUCAGGCUCUGUGGUUGUAUCUCUGGUGGGUCCCUGGGUUAAGGCUGAGCCAUCCCUCUUUACCCCAUAUGUGUUUAUCUCCAAACCAAACAAGAAUGAAUUCCAGGCUGGACCAGAAGUUAUGGGGCUACUCUGAAGUGUUCUCAUGCCACCAGCUCUGUCAUGUGGCUGGAGGAGAGGAAGCUGGGCCACAGUUUGUUUUAGAGAACUUCCUCUUGAGUCCAGAGGAAAUAGCUAUGAAGCCACUAAAUGGUACCUUAUCUUCUUGGUUUUUUAACACAGAAUUCAGUUUAGCUCAGACUUACACCAAGCCCCUCCCUCUGCUAUUGGAUUGUACUCUGUCCUGUGGGGGAUGGGGAGGCUUUGAGUGGUGUGACCAUCAGACAUGCUCUGGAAGGUGUGAAAAGAUGGCUGGGGGAGAUGCUCUGAACCUCCGCAACCGACAGGUCAUCUGUGUCACGCUCAAAGUCCUCCAGCACCUGGUCGUCUCCGCUGAUAUGGUGGGCGAAGCACUGGUGCCCUAUUACCGUCAGAUCCUCCCCAUCCUGAACAUCUUCAAGAACAUGAAUGUGAACUCCGGAGAUGGCAUCGACUACAGCCAGCAGAAGAGGGAGAACAUCGGAGACCUGAUCCAGGAGACGCUGGAGGCCUUUGAGCGCUACGGGGGAGAGGAUGCCUUCAUCAACAUUAAGUACAUGGUCCCCACCUAUGAGUCCUGCUUGCUGAACUAGCCGGGAGAAAGCUGGCCUCAGAGGAAGGCUUCCACCGGCGGCCCGGUCAUCGGUGUCUGCUGCUUUGGGCCCCUCAUCAUUUGUGACUUCCACAGCUUUCUUUUCUACAGCUGCUAAGAUGUGGCUUCUGGCCCAUUGGACUGUCAGCCCUAGUGAGAGCAAGGCCUUCCGAUACAUAAACAGUGCCUGUUUCUUGGAUUACAAUAGUGUACUGUGCUUAUUUGUUCUAUGAGAAGAAUUGCUUCUUUAUACAGCUCGGACAGAAGCAGGAGCCCGAGUUAAACCUUCACUUGUAUGGACAAUAAAACUAUAAUUUUCAUACGCAGUUCUGUGUCUGCCUGCCCUGGGGGUGAUGUCAGGGGUUGUGAGGGAAGAGUUUACGCUGACUGCUUAAUAGGUGUUUGUCAGGGAAAAGAAAUACCAGUUCAGUGGUGCCCCGCUCAGCUGUGCGGAAUAAUACGCUUUGACAUUCAAUAAAGCUGUGGAAUCUAUAUUCCAAUUACACGAGGACAUUUUUGCAGCCCAACAUAAAGCUCAUCUAGAAGUGUGAUCAAUGUUUCUGGCCCACUUGAGGCCUGGGGUCAUAGGUGCUUUCCCGUUUGUAUUUGGGUGGGUGGGUGAGGUCCCGCGAGGUUCGACAGGAGCAGGGUUACUUACGUAUAAAACGUAACUUUGCAAACACGACCCAAAAUUGUCCCUUUGUGUGAUGACAUAGGAUGGAGUGCUGUUGACAAAAUGUUACCAGUGGUUUGUUUAGGCCUUUUAAUAAUUUCUGAAAAUGCCUUAUAUGCAUCUUAAUGAUUGCCCCUUGAAACAAACCCAUUAUUUGUUUCUU